GUUCUCUGAACUUUCCUCUUUCUUUGUCUGUUUCCUCUUUCCUUCCACCCAUCUUCCUUUUCUAAUUCUGCAUCUCUCAGUCUCAUAAUAAUAAAUCAUCUCUCUCCAAAACCAACUCUUCUUCUUCUUACUCCACUCUUCUCACUUCCACUAUCGCCAUGGCCUCCCACUCAAACCAACCAGGUCCCGGAGCUGAAGGGCUAGGAGAGAAGGACCCCCCAACAAGUUUCCAGAACCCGCUUUCUGAGAUAUCCCCGUCGCCGUCUCCGUCGUCGGCGCCGGCGCCGGCGCUGGUGCUGUCGAACUCGGGGAAGCGAAUCGACCAGGCGGGGAAGAAGAAGUACGUGAAGCAGGUGACGGGGCGCCACAACGACACCGAGCUCCACCUGGCGGCGCAGAGGGGCGACGUGGGCGCCGUGAGGCAGAUCCUUGAGGAUGUUGAUUCUCAGAUUAUGGGAACUCUGAGUGGCGAUGGCGAUGAGGAUGAUCUGAACGCGGAGAUUGCGGAGGUGCGUGCUUGUCUUGCCAACGAAGAGAACGAGCUCGGUGAGACCCCUCUGUUCACAGCUGCUGAAAAGGGUCACCUUGAUGUGGUGAAGGAGUUGCUUAACUAUUCCACCGCUCAGACUGUUUCCAAGAAGAACCGAUCCGGAUUUGAUCCAUUGCAUAUUGCAGCUAGUCAAGGCCACCACCCCAUUGUUCAGGUUUUGCUAGAUUAUGACUCAGGAUUGAGCAAAACUAUUGGUCCCUCCAACUCCACUCCGCUUAUAACCGCAGCAACAAGAGGGCACACGGAAGUGGUGAAUGAGCUGCUGUCAAAGGAUUGUAGCUUGUUAGAGAUUGCUAGAUCCAAUGGCAAAAAUGCGUUGCAUUUAGCAGCUCGUCAGGGUCAUGUGGAGAUUGUGAAAGCCUUGCUCAGUAAAGAUCCACAGUUGGCUCGGAGGACUGACAAGAAAGGGCAAACUGCAUUGCAUAUGGCUGUAAAAGGGCAGAGUUGUGAUGUGGUGAAAUUGCUUCUUGAGGCAGAUGCUGCUAUUGUUAUGCUUCCAGACAAAUUUGGUAACACGGCGUUACAUGUGGCAACCAGGAAAAAGCGAGUAGAGAUAGUGAAUGAGUUAUUACAUCUGCCAGACACCAAUGUGAAUGCAUUAACUAGAGACCACAAAACAGCUCUUGACAUUGCUGAAGAUCUUCCCCUCUCCGAAGAGGCAUCAGAUAUAAAGGACUGUCUUUCUCGAUAUGGAGCACUUAGAGCUAACGAGCUCAACCAACCAAGGGACGAACUGAGGAAAACUGUUACUCAAAUCAAGAAAGAUGUUCACACCCAACUUGAACAAACCAAGAGAACCAACAAAAAUGUUCACAAUAUUUCCAAAGAGCUAAGGAAACUCCACAGGGAAGGAAUUAACAAUGCCACAAACUCAGUGACAGUGGUGGCUGUGCUGUUUGCUACAGUUGCUUUUGCUGCUAUAUUCACUGUGCCUGGUGGGGAUCACAAUGACGGCUCUGCAGUGGUAGCAGCUUAUGCUGCUUUUAAAAUCUUCUUUGUCUUUAAUGCUAUCGCACUUUUUACAUCUUUGGCUGUUGUGGUUGUUCAAAUCACUUUGGUUAGAGGUGAAACUAAAGCAGAGAAAAGGGUGGUAGUGGUGAUCAACAAGCUCAUGUGGUUGGCUUCUGUCUGUACUUCAGUGACGUUUAUUGCUGCUUCUUACAUAGUUGUGGGUAAGAAGAAUGAGUGGGCUGCAAUUUUGGUUACAUUAGUUGGAGGGGUGAUAAUAUCUGGAGUUAUUGGCACUAUGACUUACUAUGUAGUGAGGUCUAAGAGAAGCAGAUCAAUGAGGAAGAAGGAGAAGCAAGCUGCCAGGAGGAGUGGAUCUAACUCAUGGCAUCAUUCUGAAUUCUCCAAUUCCGAGGUUGAUCCGAUUUAUGCGCUUUGAGUUUGAACUUGCAACCUUCAGGGGAUCAUGAAGAACAAAUUGUUGUGAAAAAGAUGACAGGUUUUUAGGUUUGCUACUUGCUCCAUGUUACCACUUUAAGAGUUCUUCACUGUACAGGAAAUUGUUCUCUUCGGCUUAGCUGCUGCUUUUCUAGGAUCUUAUAUACAAAUUGGAAUGAAGCAUGCAUCAUCAUUGUAACUGUUAAAUGGUGCACUGCCUGUAUCUUUAUCCCGGUCUGUGAUUUUUAAGAACAAAAUCCAACAUUGCUUUAAUUCUCAAUUAUGUAUUGAUGUAUUAGCAAAAUGUCUCCCUUCCCUGUUCGUUACUGUUUUUUUUCUAUCACUAGAAUUGUCUUCGGGGCCUAAUCUACACAAUUGACCCUUGAUAAUGCUGCAUGCUGAGUUCUGAUAGAGAAUGAAAUAGUAAUACGUGUUAAUUGUAUUUUUUUUAUUUGUUGAUA